ACUACAUUGUGGCGUGUGAGUGUAUACACUUUUUGUGUGCGUGCAGGGUGGCGGUCAGGCCUCCAUUUUUACCAGGACGUCUGCGCCAGCUGUCCACUGGCAUGUCAGUGGGAGCGUCACGGUGGUGAUACAGGCGUUGAAGAGUGAAUUGAGUUGGCUGCGUGCAGUUGGAUCCAGGAAGGUUCACGCUCACUUUCUCCGGCCUGUCCACGACCCAAAGCCCGACCAUGGCGGAUCAGUACCAGUUCAACACCAACGAGGAGAAGAUUGUGAAGGACAGCCACACCAAAGAGAUCGACCUCAUCAACAGAGACCCCAAGCAGAUCAAUGAGGAUGUCGUGAAGGUGGAGUUUGAGGAUGUCAUUGCAGAGCCUGAUGGGACACACAGUCUGGAUGGAGUGUGGAAGCUCAGCUACACCACUUUCACCGUGUCCAAAUACUGGUGCUACCGCAUCUUGUCUGCUGUCUUCGGUAUCCCCAUCGCUCUGCUCUGGGGCUUCCUGUUUGCCUGCAUCUCCUUCUGCCACAUCUGGGCUGUGGUUCCCUGCAUCAAGAGCUGCCUGAUUGAGUCACAGUGUGUCGGCCGCAUCUACUCGCUCUGCAUCCAGACCUUCUGCGAUCCUUUCUUUGAGGCCCUUGGCAAGAUCUUCAGCAGUGUGCGCGUCGCACUGCGCAAAGAAGUCUAAGAACUCUCACAGUAGUGUUUAUAGUAUGAUCGGAUGAAGUCCGGUAUCUUUUUAUACACCACAAGAUCAGUCCUGGCGUCAUGCUUGCUCCCUGACACUCCUCGUGCUUCCUUCACAACAUGCUGUUCUCCACCCUCCCAUCUUCAAGCCCUACGCUCUGAGUCCUGACGUGCCUGGUGUGCCUUUUGGCAGCAGAAGCUCUGCGACAGCUGCAGCUGGCGGCGUGGUUCUGUGACAGCCCUGGCAAUCCUGGAGGCCCUGUGCUUCACUAUGGGAGAAGAGGGCCGUCGGCCAUUAGGAGGAUCUGUCUGCUCUCAUUUAUUUGUCUCCCCAAAAAGCUCAGAUAAUGGCUUCUCAGUCACAUCAAAUGAAAUGAACUCCCCAACACGGCUGCACCUCCCGACAAUGCUGCCUGUAUGCAUUACACUUUUGCCUAUUCUUAAAAGUUAUAUGGAUGUUGUAUGUUGCUGUGUCCAGUGCUGUUUUGCUUAAUAUUGAUUGAAUUGAAUUUGACCCCAAUAUGUAUGUACAAUUAACCUAAUGAUAAAACCCUAACAGAAUGAAUGGGAAGUAAAGGUUUUCUGAAUGUCAUUUACUUUGCGUUUCUCCAUGUAUUAAAAAUCAUAUUCUGAUAUUUUUCCCUCUUAAUUUGUGAUAACUCCACAGUAACUGAGAGACUUUUUGGAGAAUCUCAACUGUACAAAAUAUGUAUGGAGCAAAGCCUUGAAGAUUAUGUACUUCCUUUUAUCAAAGUGUGAUGACUGGAAUAUUCAUUCUGCUACUAAGUAUGUGCAUAAACAACUAUUGACCUAAUAA